CCAAGACCGUGGCCUUGUUUGCGCCCUGCUCCAAUCACAUUCUAGAAUCUACUGAUACCGGGCCGUAUAAAUUAAUCGGGGUUAUCGAGAGAAAGCACCCUGGGUUCGUGCAGUUCAGUUGUCGACAAGACUCAAGAAUCGGCAGACAUGACCAUCGACGUGUACAUCGCUCCCGCCAGCGGCCCGUGCCGGUCAGUACUGAUGACCGGCAAGUACCUUGGAUUAGACUUGAACGUGAAGCAAGUCAACCUAAUGGCUGGCGAUCAGUUGAAGCCGGAGUACUUGAAAAUUAGUGCCACUUCCCUUUAUAAGUCCGCUCAUUUUCGCUCUCAGCUCAGUCAAGAACGUUCGCAGUCGUCGCUCGCUAAAAUCUCAAUUUCGUUCGAAAAGAUGCCGAUCGAUUUGUAUUUGUUACCUGCUAGCGGCCCAUGCAGGGCUAUUCUAAUGACGGCCAACCAUUUGGGCAUCGAAGUGAAUAAGAAAAAUGUGGACUUAUUUGCACAGGAGCAGUUAAAACCUGAAUUUGUAGCGAUGAACCCUCAACAUACUGUUCCUACUAUCGACGACAAUGGGUUUUAUCUAUGGGAAAGCCGAGCGAUCCAGACGUACCUCGCAAACAAAUAUGCUCCAGAUAAUGAAAUUUACCCGAAGGAUCCCCAAAAGAGAGCAGUUGUUGAUCGAAUGCUCUACUUUGAUAUCGGAACUCUGUACAAAGCUGAAGCUGACUAUUUGUACCCUCAGUUGUUCAAGGGUGAAGCCGCCGACCCUGAGAAAUUAGAGAACUUUAAGAAAGCUCUUGGUUUCUUGGAAGAGUUCUUGAGUAAAACUACAUACGCUGCUGGAAACCACCUUACUCUGGCUGACUUUUCGUUGAUUGCAAGCAUUUCCUUUGCCGAGCUUGCCGACUUCGACUUCAGUGAAUACCCUAAAAUAACUGCAUGGAUACAAAAGUUGAAGAAGGAGGUUCCAGACUAUCACGAAAUAAAUGAAGUACCAAUCCAACAGUUCAAAGAAAUGUUGAAAUCAAGAUUUUUUAAACGUGAAACUAUGGGCAUUGAGUUGUACUACGAUCCUGCCAGCCCUCCUUGCAUGGCAGUAUUGUUGACGGCAGCCCAUUUGGGAAUAAAACUUAACAAGAAAUACAUCGAUUUGAUGAAGGAGGAACAAUUAAAACCAGAAUUUGUUUCGAUAAACCCUAUGCAUGUUGUGCCCACUCUGCAUGAUGAUGGAUUUUAUUUGUGGGAAAGUCGAGCUAUUUUGACUUACCUUGUGAAUAAGUAUGCACCUGGCUGUUCCAUCUACACAAAUGAUCCCAAGGAGAAAGCGAACAUAGAGCGAAUGCUUUACUUCGAUAUUGGAACUCUUUAUAAAUCACUAGCUGAUUAUGUGUAUCCACAAGUCUUCGCAGGUGCUGCUGAAAGCCCUGAGAAAAAGGAGAGUUUCAAGAAAGCCUUGGAGUUGUUCGAUCAGUUUUUGAGCAAAACAACUUAUGCUGCUGCAAAUCACAUCACAUUGGCAGAUUUUUCAAUCAUUGCAGGUCUUUCUAUGUCCAAAAUGGUAGACUAUGAUUUAUCUGUAUACCCUAAGAUUAGCUCAUGGAUGGAAAGACUGAAGAAGGAAAUUCCCAAUUACAGUGAAUUAGUGGAGGAACCCAUUCUGAAGUUGAAGGAAGAAAUGAAAUCGGCUAAAUGAGAUUAUGGCAGUGAGAGGCAACUGAACUGUCGAUUAAGAGCUUUCCAAAGAAAAUCAAAUCUUCUGUUUAAUUCUUGUCCAUCAUCAAAUUAACUGUACAAAAUUCAUUAAUUGCUGUGCACAUUUCUAAGAGUGCCGCAGAACUUCCUAAUUCUGUUAUUCGUCAGUGUGUUAAUUGCUUUUUCUUCCAAUAAAAUCUUAUGAGACGUGUUUUUAUAAGAAUCUA